AAGCAGGAAGAGGAGAAGCGGAGGAGCUGCAGGAAAAGGGGACAGAAUGGCGCAGAAGUGAGGGACGCGUCUUCUCGCGUGGUUCUGCGGUGGCACAGAGGAGCUUCUGGAAGUUGCGGGCUGAGUGACAGCGGGGCCUCCGUUAACGCAUCAGCUGCCUGACUCACAGCUCCGCGGAUGACAUGAUUCAUGAGUGUUUCUGUUGUUCAGGACGGGCCAGUUUCACUUUUUCAUCCCAGUGGGAUUGUUUUUAUAAACCUACAUUGUCCCGUUGGUCUAUUUGAACUCAUUUGGUCACUUUCCUCCAGUCAUUUAUUCCAGAUCUUCCUCUGAAUGUCUCCAUAUGAAAUCAUUUUCUUUAACUAAUUUGAUUCCUUCAGUUUUUUCAUAAUAUAUUUUUGUGGUCCUGUGUUUCUGAGAAGUCAGAAGAACUUUAUAUGUUCAUGGACAACAUGAACUCCUUUGUGGAAUACUCCAUCUGUAACCGAGCUGGCAGCAGUGCUUACUCUGCCCCUAAACCUGGAUACCAACCUCCUAACCUGCACCACCACCUCCCUCUGGACCAGCACCAUGGACUCACGGUGACCCCCGGCUCCCUCCACACGGGCCUCAGCGGCUCCUCUGUCCCGGUGAACGGGACGGGAGGUGACAGCGGCUACGGCGCAGAUGGAGGGAUGUAUGGGAACACCGCGGCGGACAUUGGAGGGACACCACCAUCCAGAGGGGUGAACCUCCACCACCAUCAUCAUCAGCAUCCAAUAAAUCAUGUCGAGCAUCAACACGCGCACAAUGGCUUCCAUCAUCACCAGCACCAAAGCGCGCAGGGUGGAUUAUUGACACAGUAUACUAACGGCAGUGGGUGCUCCUCCGGGGCCUAUGCAGGCCAGGCUGGUGCUACAAACUCAGAGUAUGUAGCCGUUACGGGUCCUUCAACUUCCAUCCAGCCUCAGUAUUUUAUGGAGGAGUCCGCUGCCUCCAGCUACUACCAUCAAUCAGCCUUCCCCACGCCGACCCCAGCGGUCGGCCCCAGCUACAGCGCCCUUUCCGGGGCUUACUGCGGGCCUCAGGGCCCUCUGGGUAGCUCCCAGUACCCGCAGCAGGUCGGCGGAGGCCUGGAAGCGGUGGGCUACCUGGGCUUCCCACAGGCAGGAGGGUACGGAGAGCUGCCGGGGUCCCAGGAGCGAGGGAGGGAGGAUGAGGAGAACCAGCAGGCGGGACAGGGGCAGACAUUUGACUGGAUGAAAGUGAAGAGGAACCCCCCGAAAACAGUCAAAGCGACGGACUUUGGGCUCCUAGGAGUCCACAAUAACGCCAUGCGCACCAAUUUCAGCACGCGGCAGCUGACGGAGCUGGAGAAGGAGUUCCACUUCAGCAAGUACCUCACGCGCGCGCGGCGCGUGGAGAUCGCGGCAACGCUCGAACUGAACGAGACCCAGGUAAAGAUCUGGUUCCAGAACAGACGGAUGAAGCAGAAGAAACGGGAGCGGGAGAGCACGGGCACGAGUGCGCGCUCCCACUCAUCUGACACCCGGUGUGGGUUUACCAAGGAGCUGGAGGACACGGACCACUCUUCACUGUCCACAUCACCGGGAGCGUCUCCGAGCUCUGAGUCAUAGUCUGCACGUGGCUGAUGACCAAGACUUUUUAUCACUGUGAUCCAGAAAAAAACAAAAACGUUUCUGUUUCCGUUUUUAAAGAUUCUACAACAAAUCCAGAGCAAUAAUAGCAGCCAUUUAAGCCCUCAAAGAGUUUGUAUUUUGUUAUUUUAUUACAUGAAGGAGAAACUGUUAUAUGAUUUUUUAUUUUAAAUCUUUUUGUUAUGUUAGUGUCAAAAAAUGAAGUCUCAACAUGCUCAUCCUACACUAGGCCUAAUGGUAGGCCUGCAGAUCUCAGAUGCAAAAAUGAAUUUUGGAAUAAUGAUAAUCUAAAGCAAACUUGGUCAAUUAUCACAACGUCUUUAAAGUCAAAGUUUACUUUCACUUUAUGCAACAUAUACAAAUAUAUAAGUUAAAGCUCACUAUAUAGACUAUAGAGCAAGUUUCAAAGCCUUAAAUUAAAAUACCAACCUCUAGAUGUGGCAAUAAAAUGAUGGAAUAAUGAGGAGAAUUGUAAGGGUUAACAGGGAAUGGGGCUAUUUAAGAGGAUAGAAGUUAUUUUUAAAACAUAGUUUUUCAAUGACUGUAAUACUGUCUAAUUUGUUGAAUAAAAGAAAACAUUUCUGGACUUUAAAUAAUAGCUUUUUUAUUUCCAUUAGUCAAUAAAGCCAAUGGUCUACAAUUAUUUUUAUGUUGUUUCAUCUUAGCUGGCAGAUCUAGAAACUAAGAAAGAGAUAAAGGAGCUCACUGUGAUUAAAUUUCAGAUAUAGUUCAUUAUAGCUGAAAUUCACCCCCCUUUAUUUCAGUAUUAUUCCACAAUUAAUAAAGUUCUUUAGGAUACAUACCAAAAAAGUUUUUCAGACUGUUUAGGCAGCUGUGGGCUGUAUACCAUCAGAAACUGAAGUUGAAAUGAUCCAACUGAAUCUGUAUUUAUGUAAUUUCAAAUUAAAAGCAUUAAUUUGACAGUGAAUUUCACGAAAUUGAAACCAACAUAAUUUUCAAUUACUUAUAUAAAUCUGUUGCUUUGAAAAUUGCGUUUUCCUAUGUUGGCAUUAUGUUUUAUAGUUAAGUUUCCUCCUGAAAUUGAACAACAAACCACAAGGAUGGAUGCAACUAAUGAAGUUAAAUAAUAAGUAAACAAUUUAAUGAGAUGCAGCAUUAAAAUCCAACUUUAGAAGAAAAACUAAACCUAGAUUAAAAUCUGGACAAGUUAGGGAAUUAGGAAAUUGGGUCUUUUAGCAGAGAGUAACAUCUUUGCUCCUGGUUUUGGUUAAGCCUGCUGUCUGUGGCUUCCGGGCUGAAGCCCAGGAUUAUUAAUAAAUAAGCUACUAUCUUACAAAAGAGAAAACAUUUAGAAGUACAAGUAAGUUUAGAAAAUCUUGUUCUAUAUCCAUCUUGAAAACAAACAUUGCUUUUCUAUUUUAUUCCAUAUUAUGACUGCCUGCUUUACCAACAACCUGAUAAUGAGUCAAAUGAAACAAAAGACAAAGCAACUUCCCAACUACGCUCACAGGCUGAGGCUGACUGGCAUUUUGCCUGAAACGGAGGAGUCUUAAUUUGCACUUCUUUCCAGGACUGUGAACAGUUAGCCUGACUAUUACAAAACAAAAUGAUUCAAUAAAUCAAUAGACGGAGAGCUUAACCCCCUCAAUGGCAGGCCCAAAUCUAAGCCCUUAUUUUAGGCUAACUAACAGCUGCAGCUAUGAGGCAGAUGGCCGCUCACACUGAGCCUGGUUCUGCUGGAGGUUUCUUCCUGUUAAAAGGGAGUUUUUCCUCUCAACUGUCGCUACAAGCAUGCUUAGU